ACUGUUCCGUAUAUUACAAAUCAAAUAUCAUCAUGAUGGCUCGGUGUGCCGUCGGGAGAGGGGGCACAGUGUUUUGAGCUGAGGCAAGGAAAGAAGUUAAAAAGAUUUAUGGCAUGCAUGUAAAGGGAUGAAAACUACAUGAUCGAUAAUGGAUUGACGUUGUGCUCGUUUGAAAAGCCCUGGAUAAGUUAGUCUUACAGAGCAAAGAGAUCGGGGAGAAAAUAAAAAGAGACAUAGUUUUGCAUGCAUGAAAAGGUUUAUUGAUUGGUCGAGUGAGCUAAGACGGGGCUAGGAUGUGCAGUAAAAGACUUUCAGGAUGCCCAGGGCAUAUACAGCACACUAGGGAACUUGGACAGAGAUGGAUCGUGAUAAUCAUGAUUAUAAGAGGCUUUAAAUUUUGAAAAGUUAUGAUAUUUCUGCUCGAGAUCGCCUCAAGUUCAUUGCUGCAGUAUCUGCUGUUCCCCAGUUGUUAUAUGAUCACGGUUCUAUACGUUCGUCCAAAGCCAAGAUAUUGGGAGAUGAGCCUUUGACGUCAUCCUGAGUGAGUCUCUAUUACGACGUCAUCAUUCUUUCACGACGAAGUGCUAAAUAUCGUGACAUCAUCAUGCUGUCGUCUGCUACGGUUUUAGCAAUUUCCACAAGUUCGGCGCUGGGAUUUUUCCUUCUAAACGCCCUGCUCAGGUUGUCGCCCCCACCAAUGCGUCACGUGGUCGUAUCGAAGCGGCAUAAAUGGAGAAAUGAAGUAGGAUCGUUGGUUCAUUCAGUUAUCGUCGGUCUAGGAUCGCUAUAUUGUUUAACGUUAUCACUCAUGAGUGAGGAGAAUGACAACUCUUAUUUCGCAGAUAUAGAAAUAUUUGGCGCCUUAUCAGUAGGUUACACAAUCUAUGAUACAGUAGAUCUGUUGCAGAACGAAUCGAUAUGGAAAGUCCUUGGUCUUGUUAUUCAUCACAUAGCUGUUUUCGGAUGUUUUAUCUUUUGCUAUCAAACCGGGCGAUUCUAUAAUCUUUGUAUAUUUGCCAUGAUGGUCGUCGAUUGCUCUAGCAUUUUUCUACAUCUCCGCAUGCUCCUCAUCAUGCAUGGUUUCGAUAAGGACCAUCCCAUCCGAACCAUCAGCACAUUCACCAACGUCGUAUCUUUCGCCGGCCGUCUCGUAAUGAUCGUCUACAUCCUCGUCAAUGUCCUAUUCGAACCGGAACUCCCCGGCAUCUUUAGGUUCGCGUCAUCUCUGUUAAUCUCCAGUCUACUCGUUAUUAAUCUAAUACUCUUCAAACGACUCAUUGUUAGCGAUUUAACUUCAAAGAAAAUACAAUUACCGUCACAGUCAGCGUCACCAUCAUCGUGUAAUAAUAACGUAGACAUUUUCGAUACAUCGUGAAAGGAAAUAGUGAUUUCGAUUUAUUUCUAAGGUGGGUCGGAACUUCUGUGACUCUUUUAGUUGGUUACAACACUAUUAUGUCAUGCAAUUCACUGACUUCCACUAAAUUUUCUUCUUAAAGAAAGGUAUAAUAAAAGGCAAGCAUAUUGAUAGGAUAAAUGAAGCUUAAUCUGUGAUCAUCCAGAUCAAGUCAUAUUCCAAUCUAUAAAAUCCUGGGGCAAUCGAGCCUUUCCUCAUUUGUAAUGUGCCUUUACUUGUAAUUCUCUUUACUUUUUUGUUUUUGCUCCCUUCUACGCGCCUUUAGUAUUUAAUCAAAAUGGAAAAGACGCUAUAUAAAUCCUGUAUUAUUAUGUAUUUAUUAUUAUUAUUAUUGAUAUUUGCCUAUACGCAGUGAUAAGUAACAUAAGAAAGUAAAAUGUUUGACAUAGAAUGUUUGGAAUUCCGACUGCCUCUAUGGGUCAUCAAUGCUCUCACCUUCUCUGCUUGGAUUAUGUUCUUCCGACAGUUCUGGUGAACAUGUUUAAGAAAGGCAAAACGGGUUGAUAUUUCAUUAAUUGAUCAUCUUUUUUUUGGCCUAGCUCGUAUAUACCAGGUAUAUAAUUGAUACAUAUUUUUUAUUGAUUUAUAGUAUGUAAAUUUUAGAUCUUAUUGGGAUUUCUGCAAUGGAUUGAUAUAGUAUUGAGAAUAAAUCCACCGGUGGGUAUAAGCAGUAUCU